AUGAUGUUUACCUCUUCCUCAAACUUGGUUUCCCUGCUGCUUUGUAUACUUUCGUUCUCCCGAUUAUUUCUGGGAGCCUAUGCACUGAAUCCUGAGCAAAUACCGGCUUCGAGACGCAAUUUUCUGCGAACUAUUGCCGCCACCACGGCCACAGCGGCAUCGAUUUCAUCGGCGGCUUUGCUUUUGCCCACGGACAGUGCUCAAGCGGCUCCUCCCAUUGCCGUGAUUGCGGAAGAAUUGGGUUACUUUCCAGUUCAAAAUCGUAAUGGAGAUCUUGUGUAUGUCCCCAAAAAGGUGCAGCGACAAUCGACCGACCAAGCCAUUGAACUGGCCAAGAUGUUGACGGAGAAAGGAAUGGUCUUUUACGGAGCUUUUUGGUGUCCCCAUUGUUCUCGACAAAAGGAAAUCUUUGGAGCACAAGCAUUUAGCCUUUUGAACUAUCAGGAAUGUGCUCCCAAGGGAUAUGGUUUCAAGGGAGUGUGCAAAGAUAUAGAUGGAUACCCAUCCUUUCGCAGCAAAGGCGGGAUGCUGCGCAAAACGAUUGAUUUCAGUGGGGAAAGACCUCUGUCCUACUUUGCCGAGCAAGUUGGCUUUGCAUCAUUCGAUCCUUCAUUAGAAGGAGAGGUGCCGAUGGUUGGUACUGCUUGCAAAUUGCCGCAAAGACAGUGA